AUGUCCGAAUCAACAACCGAGUACGAAAAGCUCGUCAAGGCGCUCGAGGACAUCAGUAUCCGAGAGCGGGACGGUCAAAUCCAGACAGUGAUCCUGGACGACUGUCUGCCAAGUAGCUGUGAUGUCGCACUUACCAGCUGUGGUGAGGAGCAAAUGUCACAGCUGCUUGUUAGACUCUUGAACAUGGCGAGGAAGUGCAUGGACGGCGUCAAGGACGAGACCAUACCGCUACUGGAUCACGCAGCACGUGCUCUCGUGACAUAUGCGCUGGACAAGCUCUGCCAUGACGGCUAUUCACUAUUCCAUGUCAUCGGAGCCAUCGCUCUGGAGCACUCACGUUCAAGCCCAGCGCUCAUUGUCGAAGCUUGGAAAGCAGCCUGCAUCAUGAACGACCUAUCUUCCAAAAUCAUAGACCAUAUCAACAUGGAUGCCGAAUUUGGAGCAUUGGGCCAGGGCUUUGGUCACUGUACAGUCCGUGGCAGUGACAAGCCAUAUCUGCAGAUACUUCUUAAGAGGCCACUCAACAAGAUACAUCAUCUCCGAUUGAUGACAGAUGGGCUCGAAGAAGCGCUUUGUUCGACGUACGAUCAAUUCGUAAAUGCUCUGGAUGCCGAGAGUGGCCUCCUCGAAGCACCACCCGCGGCCGUCCUAGCACUCCAUGCUCUGCGACAUCUUUGGAGACUAGGGUACAACGAGGAGCUAGCCAUCCAUGCCAUCGCGAACACAGACUAUCAUGGGCUCUUGGGUGAUACUGGACAGUCACAGGAACCGGAUUGGUGGGCUGCACUGAUCGAGUAUCCUGAGGAUACCCACAAGAGUGUUAAGCAUGCUUGGAAUACAGCUCAAUUGGCUGAAACCAUGAAGGAUCUGGAAAUGUCGAUGUAA